CACCCUCUCCCUCAUGGAUUACCUAAGAAGCUUUUGCUUGUAAGAUUUCUGCAUGGCGUGUGACUUGGAGACUUUUUCAAAUAUCUGGAAGACAAUGGUUUACGGGGAAGUGAUUUUUCCAAAGAUAAGAGGUGGAAAGACACUGAAAGCUGAGUCAUCACUAGAGAGUGGGAAGGGCACCAGCAGCAGCAGAAGCAGCAGCAGCAGCAGCAGAGAAUCCAAACCCUAAAGCUGAUACCACAAAGUACCAUUUCUCCAAGUUGGGGGCUCAGAGGGGAGCCAUCAUGAGCGAUGUUACCAUUGUGAAAGAAGGUUGGGUUCAGAAGAGGGGAGAAUAUAUAAAAAACUGGAGGCCGAGAUACUUCCUUUUGAAGACAGAUGGCUCAUUCAUAGGAUAUAAAGAGAAACCUCAAGAUGUGGACUUACCUUACCCCCUCAACAACUUUUCAGUGGCAAAGUGCCAGUUAAUGAAAACAGAGCGACCAAAGCCAAACACAUUUAUUAUAAGAUGUCUCCAGUGGACCACUGUCAUAGAGAGAACAUUUCAUGUAGAUACUCCAGAAGAAAGGGAAGAAUGGACAGAAGCUAUUCAGGCUGUAGCAGACAGACUCCAGAGGCAAGAAGAGGAGAGAAUGAAUUGUAGUCCUACUUCACAGAUUGAUAACAUAGGGGAGGAGGAAAUGGAUGCUUCCACAACUCAUCACAAAAGAAAGACAAUGAAUGAUUUUGACUAUUUGAAACUACUAGGUAAAGGCACUUUUGGAAAAGUCAUUUUGGUUCGAGAGAAGGCAAGUGGGAAAUAUUAUGCUAUGAAGAUUCUGAAGAAAGAAGUCAUUAUUGCAAAAGAUGAAGUGGCACACACUUUAACAGAAAGCAGAGUAUUAAAGAACACUAGACAUCCCUUUUUAACAUCCUUGAAAUAUUCCUUCCAGACAAAAGACCGUUUGUGUUUUGUGAUGGAAUAUGUUAACGGGGGAGAGCUGUUUUUCCAUUUGUCGAGAGAGCGGGUGUUCUCUGAGGACCGCACACGUUUCUACGGUGCAGAAAUUGUCUCUGCCUUGGACUAUCUACAUUCCGGCAAGAUUGUGUACCGUGAUCUCAAGUUGGAGAAUUUGAUGCUGGAUAAAGAUGGCCACAUAAAAAUUACAGAUUUUGGACUUUGCAAGGAAGGAAUCACAGAUGCAGCCACCAUGAAGACAUUCUGUGGCACACCAGAGUAUCUGGCACCAGAGGUGUUAGAAGAUAAUGACUAUGGCCGAGCAGUAGACUGGUGGGGCCUGGGGGUUGUCAUGUAUGAAAUGAUGUGUGGGAGGUUACCUUUCUACAACCAGGAUCAUGAGAAACUUUUUGAACUGAUACUGAUGGAAGACAUUAAAUUUCCUCGAACACUCUCUUCAGAUGCAAAAUCAUUGCUUUCAGGGCUCUUGAUAAAGGAUCCAAAUAAACGCCUUGGUGGAGGACCAGAUGAUGCGAAAGAAAUUAUGAGACACAGUUUCUUUUCUGGAGUAAACUGGCAAGAUGUAUAUGAUAAAAAGCUUGUACCUCCUUUUAAGCCUCAAGUAACAUCUGAAACAGAUACCAGAUAUUUUGAUGAAGAAUUUACAGCUCAGACUAUUACAAUAACACCACCUGAGAAAUAUGAUGAGGAUGGUAUGGACUGCAUGGACAAUGAGAGGCGGCCGCACUUCCCUCAGUUUUCCUACUCUGCAAGCGGACGAGAAUAAGUUACUUUCAUUCUGCUACUUCACUGUCAUCUUAGAUGUAUUACUGAAAUGAUUCUCGGACAGCACCACCAGUCCUCGCUCUGACAGGCAGCAGGGGCACCUUCUGACAUCCAGACUGGCCCAGGGGCCUCCCCCUCGCCACCUUUCACCCACAGGAAAACACAGACGUAAACACACUCUGGUUUUUGUUUUUGCAUGAAAUUCUAUCUCAGUCUAAGGUCUCAUGCUGUUGCUGCUACUGUCUGACUAUUAUAGCAACUUUAAGAAGUAAUUUUGCAAUCUUUGGAAGUCAUGAGCCCACCAUGUUUAUUUGUGCACCAGUUGUCACCUUUUCUCUCUUAGUUUUUGUUUUUCCCUAACAGUGAGGGCUAAAUGAGAUAGGCUGAUCUAAGGUACAUUUUUUAACUUUCUAGAGGAUAAAUCAAAAUCUAAUUAGACUAAGAACUAGUUUAUAACUCAGAACAAGCAGUUAUGGAAGGGUGGUGAUGUGCCUGUGGAGAGCUUUUGUGAAGUACAUCGGAUGGGUGUGUACGGUCGGUGAUGUAUCGCUAAGGUUGGGCUGGGACUUGGUAGGAAGCGUUGGAGAAGGACUGAACAACGGCUGAGAUACAGAUAUUAUGUUUUAAUUUCCUGUUGGCUAUUGCAGAGGAAGCCCGGCGUCCCAAUGCUGACCGUCCUAACUUCUCAGGCUAGUGGCCGUUGCUCCACCAAGACACGAGAGCCUAUGCACAAAGUCAUGGAGAGGGUCUUAGGAUGCAGCUUGUGUCGAAGAACCUUUCCCCUGUGCUUGGAAACCUUUUUCCCGUCUUGACACUUAUCACCUCUGAUGGCCGAAGAAUGUAGACAGAUACAGUGAUCCUGCUUUUCACCAAAAUUUAUUCACCAAGGCAAACAGGUGUUUGCCUGUUAGUUUUAAUUUUUUACUUUCAGUUCUACGUGAGUUAGUCUUUUCUCAGAUGUUAAAACUUUGUCCUUUUGAUUUUGUUUAUAUUGCGGUAGUAUUUAUUUUUUAGUGAUGAGAAUUGUAUGUCAUGUUAGCAGAUGCAGCUCCAACUUAGAUUAAAUAGACUUACUGCAGUUUCAUUUGACCUGUGUGCAAGGAAUGUACAUGUCUAUGAGAAUCAUGCACUUUUCCUCCUGGGUGGAAAAAAAUACAUAUAAGGCUCUUACAUUUUGUAGUAUAAUUUGGCUUUGGAAAAAGGGAUGGUAUCAUUUGACUCCCUUGGUGCUGAAAAUUAGAAAAUCCCCAAUUAUCCAUGCCAAGGGAGGGGCUACUGAAGCAGGGGUUUAUGUUUGCUCAUUUAAGAACUGAAAUGUUAUAAUGGCCUGGCAACGUAAUGUAAUAGAGAAAAUCGAGAACUGAAUGAUGGUAAGAAAGGAAGUUUCUUUGACAAAAUGAACACAACUUGAAUAUUUACGUAGUAGGCAGUGAAGGGUAAGAAUCUGGUGUGUCUCUUCUGAUCAUGGUACAUUUAUUACUCAAUUAAGCCAUCAGGGAAAACAAACCAAGAAAGAACACCUCCAGCUUUUCUUUUCUGUAUAUACUCAUGUCCCAAUUCCAACACUUCUCACUGUCGGGACAUGUAUGCAAACCUCAUCUUUCUCCUUCAUUAAUGAUGAUCUUCAGAUUCAACCCUUUGGUGCUAGGAGCUGACAUUUUCCAAAGCAGCCAAUGAAGUCCAAGGCGCUGGGGGCCAUUCCUGUGGCAAACAGGAGGCCACCCCUCCAUGGCGUGAUCAUGGAGAUGCAGCUGUGUUUAUCUAACAGCUCCCGAAAGGAAGACUAUAGCAUGGCAGAGUGUUACAUGACCGCAUUGUGUAGAAGAGUAAGUGACUUUCUAAGUGGAAUGAAUCCUAGUCAUGAUGCAGAUGUCUUAGCCUCUUGACACGCCAAGGGUAGCUUUGUAGCUCGGAGCCCACUGCUGGCGGUGGGUGGGCCUCUGGGGCCGAUGGGGAUUGAAGGGCAUUUUACCAAGGCAGCUAAGACAUAGUCAGACAUAGAUUUUGUCCUAAUUUUUCAUAUUUCUACAUGAGUGAAGGUCGUUCUUAGUAUUGAGUAGUAAGUUACAGUAAAUUUUAGUUUCCUUCUCCCCUCCCAGUCUUGGAAUCAUGUUGAAUGUUUCACUUUGACAAGAAAGCAGCUAGAAGGUUGAUCCUUUAAAUUGUCUUGCAUCCAUCAUAGAAGGAGGGAACAGGUGAGAGGUUGAGAAGGAAGCUGGGACUAGCUGAUACUCAAAGCAUUUAUUCUUUUAGAGGGAAAGCGUGACACCCUACACUAAGCUCAUAGCUUCCUGUUUCGGUUCCCCUUCCCCCUGCUAAUCUUAAGAUGAUUUCCAUGACCUUGGCCAGGGAGAAUUCCUGAAGGUGAAUGGCAGGGCCCUGGGCUGACUGCUCCCACAGCUGACUUGCAUUUGUGCCUGAGGUUCAUUCAUUCACUUCACCCUCUUGGAUUCCAUUAUGUCAUGCAGGUGUUUUCUUGGCUUUGUUUUUGAGAAUCCUGUAUUUCCACUGCAGAUCUCAAUGUACUGGCAUGGAGGAAUAAUAGAAAAACAGAAAGGAGUGUAGAGGGAGAGGACUCGACUUCCUUGUGCUGCCCGUAGCCGUAGCUUGGGCUCCUGGUGGGCAGAAGACUUGAAGCCUGGAACCAUUUUAUCAGAACACAGGUCAGACUCCGGGGACUCCAGC